AUGCCCGCUUUCUUAUCGACCACUAAAGAUACAAUGAUUCAAUCAUUACAGCCAUCAGAAUGUUCCUUAAUGAAACUCGCUAAAGAAUUUGUUGAUUCAUUAAACUGGCCUAAAUCCUUAUUUGACGAGACACAUAAUCGAUGUUUUUGUACGGAUUGUUAUCCAUCUACAUGGGAAAAUCUUCUCUUAGCUGUUGGUAGUCAUUAUGUUAUACCACGCGGUUGGACUCGUCUUGGUCUUCAUGUUGAUCCUAUGUUUAAAGAAGAACAUAAUAUUUGGAAUAAAUGGAUUGUAACAUUUCAUGGUACAACGAAAAUAGCAGCACGUUCAAUUCUUACACAUCGUCAUUUCUAUUUACCUGGUGAUAAAUUAAUCGAUGGCACAAUAUUAGGUAUACGAGAAGGACAUAUUCCCAAUCAAAAAUUUAUUUUCACAUCGCCAACAAUUGUCUAUUCAAGUUUAUCUGUUUACAGCUCAAAGAAUUCAUUUUAUUCGCACGUAGAUCGUACUAAUUACGAAGUACAGAUGGUACUCCAAUGUCGUCAACAACCAGGUUCAUUCCAAGUACAAGGCGAAACAGUGGGAGCUCGAUCGAUACGUAUUUGCCCCUAUAUACCGAACGAAAAAAUUGAAUACUUUACCGAUAUUCGAUCUUCGAUUGUUGCCUAUGGGUUACUCGUACGAAUGAAGGCAAAAUCUGGAAUACUGUAA